AUGGCUCUACUGCCUCAAAGCGCUGGAUAUGCGACCAUCUUGGUGGGUGGCGCCUUUUUCGCAGCCCUGAUGAAUGGCUUCACAUGGGUUCAGAGACGAUACACAAAGUUUGACCCUGGAAAGAUUGAGGAGUUCUCCUCAGCCUCCAGGUCCGUCAAGACUGGCAUGCUGUCGGUAGGCAUCACAUCUGCUUGGGUGUGGGCGGCAGUCUUUCUGCAAACGGGGACACUCACCUACCUCUACGGUGUUUCUGUCCCCUGGUGGUUCGGUAUCGGGGGCUUCGUGGAAAUCGCAGCGUUCUCAUUCAUCUCCUCCAAGGUCAAAGUCAAUGCCGGCGGAGCUUCAACCUUUCUUCAGGUCGCCAAGGUACGUUUCGGUGUUUUGGGUCACUGGGCGUACAUGUUUGCCGCCGUCGUCGCAAACUUCGUAGUAGGAUCUGAGAUUCUCAUCGGCGGUGCUGGUGUCAUCACGGGAAUGACGGGUGUGAGCCAAUAUGCUGCGAUCUGGCUCUUACCUCUUGUCAUCGUUGCCUACGUAUUGACUGGUGGUCUCCGUGCCACUUUCAUAGCGGACUAUCUCCAUUGUUGUAUCCUUUUUUCAUGCCUUGUCGUCCUCAUUCUGGCAACUUACACUCGCGGCGACGACAUUGGGUCGCCUGGAAAACUAUACGACCUUCUGCUUGCUGCUUCCGAGGCUGUUCCGGCGGCAGGUAACAAGCAUGAGUCUUACCUUUCCUUCCGGAGUGAGGGUGGCAUGUACUAUGCGCUGACGGCCACUACAUCAUUUUUCGGCUUGUCGUUUUGUGAUCAGUCAUACUGGCAGCGAAGCAUUGCGGCUCGACCAGCCGGCACGAGCAAAGCCUUUCUUUUUGCUGGGUGCUUCUUUCUUUCAGUUGGACUAGGGAUCGGUUCCUCGAUGGGUUUGGCCGCAAGGGCUCUGGUGUCGAAUCCUGCCUUCCCAGGCUAUCCCGCUGGACUCUCUCUAGCAGAACUUAACGCUGGGCUCGCUGGGCCGUACGCGAGCAUAGUGAUACUAGGCAAAGCCGGGCCAGCAAUGUACACUAUUAUAGCGUUCAUGGCAACUACUUCGGCGUUGUCUGCUCAACUUGUGGCUGUGGCGACUAUUUUUUCCUAUGAUAUCUACCGCGAAUAUAUAAAUCCAACGGCGACGAAUUCCCAACUGAUGAGGGUCAACCAUGCUAGCGUUAUAUGCUGGGCGAUCUUCCUUGCUGCCAUCAACACUGCAUUCGCAUAUAUCGGUCUAAAUCUUAACUUCCUCUUUUACCUCAUGGCUGUCUGCACCUCUGGCAGCGUUUUCCCAAUCGGCCUUCUGAUGUGCUGGACUCGACUUAAUAAGGCCGGGGCGGUAUUGGGCGUAAUAGGCGGUUUGGUGAUGGGCAUGGUUGCGUGGCUAGUCACAGCAGUCACCACGCAGGGCGCCAUAUCUACCACAACGCUGACUGAUAGCAAAGUUAUCCUUUCCGGCUCUUUGUCUGCUUUGGGAACUGGCGCUAUCAUAUCUGUAGGGUUGUCUCUAAUCAAGCCCGCCUCCUUCGACUUUGCCCUUACGCGAGCCAUUGGUCGAGGUUCCAUAGGUCCGCUCGAUGCAGCGUCCGCAUCAGGAGAGAAAAGCUCGCAAAGUAACCAAAAUGCUACCAAUAAUGGCUCAGUGAACGACGCUCAUGCUUACUACGAGCCUGCUCUAAAUUCAGUAAAAGACGGAGGUUUAACCCCCGACUUUGAGGAUCAGUACGCCGAAGAAGUGGUCAAACUCGAGCAGUCGCAGACUAAAUUUCGUAUCAUCACUGGAAUAUUGCUGCUCAUCAUCCUUGUGCUUAUUCCCGCUCCACUUGCUGGAACCGCUAUCGUUUUCCCGAAGGGUCUCUUCAUUCUUCAAUGCGUGGCAGCAGCGACAUUUGCAUUUGUUAGUCUAGUCCUAAUCGCGUUU